AUCACCACCCGAGCAUGUGUUGGUCUACAUUCCGCAUCAUCCAACAUCGUGCGACAUCUUGUGAGCAAUGGAAGGACACAGCCAGGCGCUGGCGCCGGCUCUCUCUCGUCUGACAGGUCGCCGACGUCGUGUUCUUGUUGCUGUCCUCAUUGCUCUGCUUCUCUCGCUCCGAGCACCUUCUGUUCCCUUGUCCGCGUUAAAACAUGCAGUGUCUCUUCGAGCCUGGCGCGAAGCUCGGCGACGGAAAGCAGCAGAACGAAGGCGUAUGAUGAGCGAGACACCUCUGUAAGUGACUGAGAUCGUGCGCAGCUGAGAUGGGUGUCCUAGAAACACUCCAGCCCUGGAGAGGAAGAUGGUGGAUCUGUACAUCCCCGACCCGUCAGGAUCUCGGACGCUUCUCGUACCUUAUCGAGGGCGUCUAUCCAAAGUGUACAUCACUCCGACGCCCAAAGAUCUGUACGAGAAUCAUUUUCACCUAUUCCCUCCGCUCAGACCUGGCGAAAAGCUAGGCGUCAAUAAGCGAUUCUGGAAGAUGCUGGUCUCGAUCUUGAGGAUCGCUAUACCAAGCUCCACGGGCAAAGAGGCGUUCCUUUUGCUUCUCCAUACCUUUUUCCUCAUCACGAGGACCAUCCUCAGUGUCAUGGUGGCUAGGCUGGACGGAAGGAUCGUUCGCGACUUGGUAUCUGCAAAUGGUCGCGGCUUCUUGCGAGGACUAGGCUGGUGGUUCACCCUGGCUAUUCCCAGCACGUAUACAAAUUCCAUGAUCCGCUUCUUAGAGAAAAAACUCGCACUCGCCUUUCGUACUAAUCUCACGCGAUACAUACAUGACCUGUACCUGAACCAAAACCUCAACUACUACAAGUUCGGCAUGGGACUUGCAGCCGCUGUCCCAUCAGGCAGCAGGGCGAAAGGUGAUCCCUCGUCCGAGGCUGCCUCAGGCGGUGCGGACCAACUCAUCACUACGGAUCUCGCCAAAUUCUGCGACACCCUUUCGGCAUUAUAUGGGAAUAUCGGCAAGCCCGCUCUUGAUCUCAUCAUUUUCACGUCGCAGCUCUCCGCCUCUCUCGGACCUCUGGGCACCGUCGGACUGUACAGCAACUAUGCACUGACAGCUUGGAUCCUGAGAAAGGCUACCCCGGCGUUUGGGCGGAUGGCCGCGAUCACUGCUACCCUCGAAGGCGAAUACAGGAAAGGCCUGAGUCGCAUUGGACGAGAUGGCGAAGAGGUCGCCUUUUACGACGGAGGCAAGCGAGAGAAAGGUAUUUUGCUAUCUGCCUACCAGCGCCUCGCCAAUCAUAUCCACUCGGUUCUGAAGAUCCGCGUACCCUAUGGAAUGACAGAAGACUUUGUGAUCAAGUACGCUUGGUCGGCAUGUGGCUACGGACUCAUGUCAAUUCCAUUACUAUUCCCUCGUGCCGGACAUGCGAUCGCCUCAACAGGUGGUCUAUCGUUACAUGUCGCCUCAAGAACAGAAAACUACGUAUCCAAUCGUCGACUGUUGCUGUCUCUCGCCGAUGCUGGAGGGCGUCUCAUGUACUCAGGCAAGGAUUUAGCCGAGCUCUCUGGCUAUACCACGCGUGUCUACUCGCUGCUGGCGUCCCUUCAUGCCUUGGAGCAGAACGCGUAUCCCGUCAUCGCUGCGCCGCCAACUCACACAGGCAAACCAUUUUACGAUCUCGGAAGUGUGAAAGGUCAGAUCAUCAUCGGACCAGAUCACCUCUUGUUCAAAGACGUUCCAAUCGUCGCUCCGUCAGGUGGUGCGGGGGCAGAGCGUGGCGGAGAAGAAUUGAUACGCAGUCUUGAUCUCCGUGUGGAGGCUGUAGAGCACACACUCAUCACUGGACCAAAUGGCGUCGGGAAGACGUCAAUAUCCCGGAUUGCGGCACAGCUCUGGCCCACAUGGUCGGGUCUGCUCGAACGACCACACUACGGUCCUGGAGGCAUCUUUUUCCUCCCACAAAGGCCAUACCUGAGCAUUGGCAGUCUGCGUGAUCAGGUCAUCUACCCGCAAACUUACGCCGAGAUGAAAUCACAAGGCAGGACUGACGCUGAGCUGAUGCAAAUCUUGGAAAAUGUUCACCUAGCCUACCUGCCAUCUAGGGAAGGCGGAUGGGAGACACGCAAAGAGUGGAAGGAUGUCUUGUCGGGUGGUGAAAAGCAAAGGAUGGGGAUGGCACGGCUAUUCUAUCAUCGUCCCCGUUAUGCUAUUUUGGACGAAUGCACGUCCGCCGUCUCGUCCGACGUCGAAGGCCUCAUGUACGAACACGCCAAAACUCUAGGCAUCACCCUGAUCACCAUUUCACAUCGCCCUUCAUUGCUCAAGUAUCAUACUCGUCAUCUACGUCUGGGUGAGAUGACAGCCGCGAAAUCGUCCCUCGUUCGAACAAGCUCCCUCGAAUCCAUCAAACGAACGCAAUCCACCCUUCAUCUCGCCUCACACGGAUGGCAAAUGACGACAGUGGCGAGUGCAUCAGCUCAGGAAAACAUGGAGCUGGAUCUCGAGAUCGAAGUCCUGUCCAAAGUUCUGGACGACGAUGUGGCUCAAUGGGAGGCCAGACUCAAACAAGUCCAAGAACAAUUGAGCGGCAAAGUGUAGAAAAUAGGAUUCACAAGGUGUUACAUGUGUUCUUACAUUCUGUUAUAUCACUCCCAGCAUACCCUCUGUAUGAGUUACAAUGACC